ACCAAGGCUGUUUCCCCCCAAAUGCUCCCUUAUCAUCCCUUAUCCAUCGAAGCUUUCAUACCCCUUUCAUCCCAAGAGUUGCAAGUCUCAACCCAGCAGCCAAUCUUCAGCUCACGUCUUUAUCUCAGCCACAAUGGUUGCUUUCAACUUUGGAUUACUUGCCACCUUGUUUCUUGUCAUCGCGUUGGUUGUGGCCCACCCGAACAAUGAAGGACUAGUUGCUCGUGACAUGAGCCCUGAAGCCAAAACCAAAGGCCGCGUAAGCGACAAGCUCGACAGCCUUGGUAAAAACGUCAAGUGGCUCAAUGACGCCGUCCAGCAACAAAACCUCAAUUCCCGCGUUGCUCGUGAGCGGGUCGCAGGGUAUUACCAGUUGUUCCGUGACAGCUUCCAAUACGCCAAUGACUGCGGCCGGCUUUGUUUCCAAUCCGGAUCAGUUGUGAAUGUCUCUGCUUACAAAGCGUUCACGCAGUUGGAUCAGCUCGCCAAGUCCGUCGCCAGCAAAUAUGGAUCAGGAGCUUCCACCGUCAUGAGUCCCUUCAGCGCUUACGACACCCUGGUCGCUCGAACCAUCAACGGAUUCGCGCAAGAAGGCACUCCGGCUUACAACCUCCUGCCCCCUCAGUUCGCUGAUUCCAUGGCCCAAGUGGGAUUCCCCCAGACCGCCGCAGCUGCUCACCAAAUUAAGAACUGAUCUAAAGACUUGCGGCGUUGUUAGUCUUCAAACUCAUGGAUUAUUCAAUGAUUGGCUCAGUUUCUUAAUCAGCAUAAAGACAUUGUAUAUUUCUCUCCCUCAUGCGUGUUACAAGUGUGCUGUUUUCCUCUUCAUGAGUAUAUACCGCAUUUUCUCAGACAUGAUGAACAAUAUCUGUUGAGCUCCUUGACCCGAAACCGAAAGUGAGACGGUUGAAUUCGGACCUUCUCAGCAUGACUCUAUUCACAAAGUUGUUAUUAUGUUCUGCUAGUACAUUCCAAUUGUCGAGGAACAUGGCCCAUGAGCUUCCCUCCUGCGUUGAGCAGAGGGUGUGUCAAAUUGCAAGGGAGUCCAGACCAGACGAAAGACCCA